AAUCCCGUCGCUACCAAACGAAAUCGCUUUGCAAUGUCUGGCCCGCGUCCCAAGACGAUACCACCCUGUCCUCGCGGGCGGUGUCGAAGCGAAUCAGAUCCCUCCUCUCCUCCCCAGACUUCUUCGCCGCCCGAUCAGCCCUCAACUGCACCGAAUGCCUGCUUUACCUAAGGUUUCAAUGCCUAAACGGCCAGCCCAUGCUCUGGUUCACGCUGUUUCGAAGCCCCAACCUAAACUCCGACGAAAAUGUGUGAGGUGAAUGGAGUAUUGUAUUUGAUUGAGGAUUGUGACUGCACUAUUAAAUGGUUUGAUGAAAGAGUUGGAGUGUGGGAAGAUCUUGAGCUUGUGAAUGAUAGAGGGUUGUUGCCUAAUUACUGGGAUGAACCACCCUUGAUGGUGAAUGUGGGAGGGAGGUUGGUAAUUCUGUGGGAGGAUGAUUUAGAUGAUGAUUUACAGAAUGAUGCUGUAACUUCAGAUUUGGAGCUAAAAGCGGGAGUAUGGUGUGCGGAAAUUGAAGUGAAGAAGGAUGGGGACGAGGAUGGGGAUUUGGAGGGAGAAGUUCUGUGGUCGGAGAUGGUCUUUUCGAAGGACGCAUGGUUGAAUGAUGCGCAGGGCUUUUUGUGUACUUGUAUGCCAGUUUCUUUGUGAGGACUGGCGAUGCAAUGGAGGAUUGGUUAAUCCAAUAGGUAGCAACCGCCACAAGAGGUCCACCGAUGAGCCAAAACAGUACCGGG